CAUGUUGGUACGAGAUUUUCUGAAAGGCCUACGAUUUGGGAGACGAGCUGUUAAUGGAAGAUUGAAAUCACAAUGUUUGAGUACCAUGAGCAGAUUCCUGUCAUCACAUGUAGGAAGAAACAUCCUCAAACUGCAUGACAGAGGAAUUUUUCAAUCAGUCUUUCCUGAAGAAAGCACAGCCAGAUUGUUGCAGCAGCUUGAAUCUGCCCCACAGUCUGUGUAUUGUGGCUUUGACCCUACAGCUGACAGCCUCCACAUUGGGAACCUGCUGACUAUAAUAGCUCUGCUUCACUGCCAGAGAGCGGGACAUAAACCAAUCAUACUGCUAGGAGGAGCAACUGCCCUGAUUGGUGAUCCCAGUGGGAAGGGCAAGGAUAGGGAGUCAAUUAGUGCUGCACAGGUGGAGAAAAAUGUCCGCUCUAUAACAGAUAGUCUGAAGAGGAUCUUGUCAAACCAUCAGCAGUGCCUCUGGAAGAUACACACAGACUCUAUAUAUCCUGUCAGAAUUCUGAAUAAUGCAGACUGGUACAGAGACAAACCUGUGGUGGAGUUUUUAUCCGAGGUGGGAGAACAUUUCAGAAUGGGCACCAUGUUAAACAGACACAGUGUUUCCAGCAGACUUCAGAGUGGCGCUGGGAUGAGCUUUAAAGAGUUUAGCUACCAGGUCUUUCAGUCAUAUGACUGGUACCAUCUUCUGAGGACACACAACUGUUGCAUACAGAUAGGUGGAGGGGACCAGCUUGGCAAUAUUGUGGCUGGUUAUGACUUCAUCAGUAAGGUGACAAGACAGAAGGUGUUUGGGUUGACAACUCCCUUAAUAACAACCACAGCUGGUAAUAAACUAGGUAAAACAGCUGGAAAUGCCAUCUGGCUCGACUCCAAGAGAACUUCGCCUUUCCAGUUGUAUCAGUUUUUUCUUAAUCUCCCAGACACUGAAGUUGAAAGAUACUUGACUCUGUUCACAUUUUUGUCACAUAAGGAAAUUGAUGAAGUUAUGAAGAAACAAAAGAAGACGCCUGAGAGCAGACCUGCCCAGACAACAGUGGCAGAACAAGUGACACUCCUAGUACAUGGAGAUGAUGGACUGGAUGCAGCAAAAAGGUGGACAGAAGUAUUAUUUGGAAACAAAGUUGAAGCACUGUCAAAGAUGGGCCAAUCAGAGCUGUGUCAACUGUUCGAGAACACUCCCACCACAGAAUUACUAUUUGAACAUGGUCUCACUGUGAUGGAUGUCUGUAUUAAGGCUGGCUGUUUUACUAGGGAAGUGGAUGCAGAACGGACGAUCCAGGAAGGUGGUGUGUCAUUUAACUACCAAAGAGUCACCAGCCCGGAUUUUGUGCUCAUCCCUGGACAGCAUAUACUCUCCAACAAUAUCACCCUAAUAAGGCUGGGGAAGAAGACAUAUUACAUAAUCAAGUGGUUGAGGUCCUGACACUUGACUGCUGUGCACCAUGCAAGAUCAUUCUCUGCCAGACAGCAAAGUGAACCUAAAAUGCUGCUGGACACUUGCAGUCAUAACUGGUUGUUGACUACCGGAGUUGCCAAAACAGAGAACAAAGGCCGAGAUAAUUUUUCAGGAAUGUGCUUUAUUUCCAGGCGAUAUCAGUGAGAGAUGAAAGGAGAGUAUAAAGAGAAGGCCAAGGAAAAGAAACAGAACCUACUGUUUUCGAUUGAGUGACAAGCGGAUAAGAAAGCGAAGAAAUAGUUUCCCCUUGGACAAAGAAUAGUAGUUUGAUGUCUGAGAAUCGUAACAAGCUUUGUACAGCUUCUAUACAAAUUAAAUAUUUAGAUUGAAAGUAAUUCUCAAAUGUGUGGUGUAAUUCAUCGGAUACCACUGUGAAUAAGAUUCUGACUACCUACAAUUUGAGGGUUUAUUAAAAUAUUGAAUGCUUGCCAGGACUUCCUCAAAAACUCCUCAAAAAUACAUCUUUGCAAAUAUUAAAACCUCUCUCAUUUUAAUUGAAUAAACUCUGAUGAUAAAAUAGAUACUCUUCUCUGACAAAUGUAUAUCACAGGUUCAGCCCACGCCUAGGCCAGCUAGACUGGCCACGUAAUACUCUCCGCUUCACUACACACCUAGACUCUCUCUGCCUCUACCUGUGUGCCUGUUGCGACUGCAGGGCAAAGUGUGCGUAUUUAAUGUAUGUGUGGAGCUCCAUCCGAACCAAAUGAUAGACACUGGUACAAAGUAGGACAUCUUCUAUACCUUGGUAUCCAGACAUGGCUUGUCGAUAUGAUUCAUAUCUGUGUACUAAAAACUGUUACAGUUUCAUUCACACAGAUCAUGUUAAGAUGGUUGGGCAGACCACAACUACUAUACUUGGUGUCUGAAGCAUAUAUCUUACAAUUAUUGUUACCUACAUGGUCACUGUUGUGUUGCCAUAGUUACAGUUUACUAUCUACGGCUAGGGGUGUCUUAUCACAAUUCAGCCCCACUCUGACUGCAACAGAUACAAGUGUCAUCAUUAACAAUGUUAUAACUAUACUCAUCAGCAGUAUUCUCAACGGAAGUUUUAACUGAGGACAACAGUGUCAGAUGACGAAAAAUAAACCUUAAACAUCUUGGACUAUUGAAGUAAACCCCUGGAAACUUUCAAUAGAAUUAUAUUCUGAUAUUUAACUACAUAAAUACAUAGCAGUAAACAUGUAAGUAUAUGAUUAGCAUAAUGAGUUUCUUAGUUAAUAAAAUUAGCUAUUAAAUUAGACAUAAAACUGGUGUUGAGGGAGAGACUAUUUGUCUACCAUAUUGUAUGUGUAAGAAACCAGUAUCCACGCAGGUAAUGGCAGCAUAUAUCCACAAUACUGCAAACAAGUUAUUGUUCUGCCCCUACCCUUCCUAUAAAAUAAGUGUACUGGCAAUUAGUAAACAAAACUAAGCAAUGAUUAACAAUUUGAAAAGAUGAGUAUUGGUGCAAGUGACACUGUGGCAGUCGGCCUACGAACACAAGAAUACAUAAAUACAUGUAAAAGACAGGUAAAGUGGUGUAGAUCUCACUUGAUCAAACCAAGAAAUAACAAAUGCAAGUUCCUAUAUGGACCAGACAUGGUGAAACGCAGAGGCAGAAGCCAUCCACGACCAAUGAUAACAUACUGUGAGGCUAAUUUAACUCCAUUUAUACCAUAAUGCCAAAGUCCUAGUAUAAUACUAAACCUACCUACCUUGGAGAAAAACCAAAUCUCUUAACCCAGCUCAUUAACACUUUUUUUUCCAAUUUAAAUUUAAGGGUUUUGAGCUAAUAACACCCUAGCAUUUCAGACACACACACAAGUGCUGAAACAUAGGGCAACCUACCACUGCACACAUUAACAACAUAUUUCAAUUAAUAUAUACACGUCAAAGAUCACAUACAUAAUAGACCGUACAUACAUGUACACUGUAAAUGCGAACUUGCCACUAAAUAACCUAUGCCAUAUCAGAAAUAAUCCUGCAUGGUUUAAGAAUGCAUUCAUAUAACUUGUUUACCUAACCAAUACCAUACAAAUCUUCUAGUAACUACUUAACAAAGAUAAUAACGAUAACUGACUACAUUAUUUAAAGAUCAAAAGCAUUUAUGUACAUGAUGAACACAGCGAAGGAUAGGCCAUAGAUUACGUACAUUAGCAUUAAAAGUUACUACAAGAUGCAUCAACUACAUUCCAGUAUAACUGAGCUUGAACAAAUAAAGUGAGCAGGAAGAGCCCAUAUGUACAAUCCUAACACUGGUCCAUAAUUAAGUGGCCUCUGCUGUCUGUACAUACAGUAGGUCACUGGUCCACAUACUUUUACAUUAGCCCUUAGAUGAUGGUAUACCACAGACACACAAUAAAGCCAAGCACACCAAACCAUAACAGUGAAGUUGAUGACACACAAAGACUGAUUCUACUUUGUAUUCAAAAGUCUCCUAAUAUAACAGUACACACUAAAGGUAACCUGGACAUCAUCAGCACAGAAGAGAUAAAAUGAAGUGAAGUCCAAAAUUUCUGCUGUUUCACUUCCAACCAUGAUUGCACUCUAAUAUUAACAGCCCACAAGAAAGAUAUCUACAUUACAAUAAGCUACACAGCAUGUUAUGGAUGGUCCAGCAUCCAUCAAUUAGACACCAUGUUACAUCUACAUAUCCACAAAAUAAGCACUUUUCAACACAGAGCACUGAACACAGUAUCAUUUCUAAAUCUGAUUUGAUUUAGUCUCAAACAUAAAUUUUUUUUGUCUGUUUUUUGGUUUUUAAAAUAAACUAAUUUCAAGAUAGCUUGAUUUUUUUUUUAAUUUUCAUGUUUUCUGUCAACUUUUUUUCAUUCUU